AUGCUCCGCCUCGUCGUCGUCACGCUGAGCCUCGCCGCCGCGAGCGAGGUCGUGCUCGGCCCCUUUGGCCCCGUGAGCGGCGGCGCGGACGGCAAGCUGCUCGCGCGCCUGCGCAAGGACAGCCUCGGCCCGCCGGCCGCCGCGGCGUCGGCGCAGAUCAAUCGGCCCACGGGCCUGCUCGUCCACGGCGACCGGGUCUUCGCGAGCGAGUUCCAGCGGAACCGCGUGCUCGUGGCGCGGACCGCGCGCGCGGCGGCCGCGCGGCCCGAGGGCUCCGGCGCGUGGACCGUCUUCGCGGACGCGGGCCCGCACUGCGCGACGGACCGGCGGACGCGCGUGCUGUCCUGCGCGCGCCUCGACGGCGCCUGGGGUCUGGCGGUCCACGAGGACCUGCUCUACGUCAGCUCCUUCGGCAGCGACGAGAUCCUGGCGUUCCACCGGAAGUCGCGCAAGUUCAAGCGGUCGCUCACCGGCGACCUCGACUCGCCCGAGGGCCUCGCCGUCGGCGGCGAUUUUCUCUACGUGGCGUCGUUCCUCGACUCGCGCCUCGUCGCCUUCGACCUGAAGCGGGGCGGCCGCCGGACGCUCGCCCUCGGCACGCCCGUCGAGGUCGACUUCGAGGCGCUCGCCUUCGUCCCCGGCCGGUCGCCCUUCGACGAGGCGGCGACGCGCGGCGAGGCCGCGCGAAGCGCCGCGCUCUGGGGGCCGAGCGAGCCCCGGGAGACGGCGGCGCCGUUCGUCGACCGCCUCCGGGGGCCGGAGCAGCUCGCGCUCCUGGGCAACGCGUCGCUCGCCGUGUCGUCGCUCCACGACGAGAGCGUGCUCGAGAUCGACGUCGAGAGCGGCCGCCUCGUGCGCGUCCUCGCGGACGGCGCGCGCGACGGCCGCUUCGCGGGGCCCCUGGGCAUCGCCGUCGCCGCGCCGGACGGCCGCGUCGCCGACGCCGCGGGCGCGGGCGGCUGCGCGGCCGGGCGCGACCCGCUGCUCCUCGUCGCGUCCUACCGCUCCGACGCCGUCACGGUCCUCGGCGACGCCUGCGACGGGAGCCUGUCCCUCGACGACGACCUGCUCCGCGGGCCGACGGCCAUCGCGCUCGACCCGAGCGACGCGGGCGGCGUCUACGUGUCGGCCUACGAGACGUCCGCGGUCCUCUACUUCAACCUCUCCCACGUCGACCGCGACGCCGAGGAGCUCCUGCGGCGCGCGCGCCUCGUCGCGGACGCGGAAAAGGCCGGCUACGACAACGACACGGCGUGCCUGGUCAACAGCCGCUGGCUCGCCCACUGGCGGCUCUGGUCGUCGCGGGACGCCUGCGGCGCGCCGGCGCCCGGCGCCAUCGACAACGCGUGCCUCCUCGCCGGCGACGGGGCGCUCCAGGGCGGCCUGAACUGGCGCGUCCACUACGACGCGGUGCCGGAGGCCGCGUGGCGCCUGCUCGCGCGGUGGCACGGAGGCGGGCCGCGCCUCGCGUGCGCGGUCGUCGGCGGCGGGCGGAUCGCGCUGGAGACCUGCCGCGCCGGCGGCGGCGCGCCGGCCCGGCCGGGCUGCCCCGUCGCGCCGCCGCCGACGGCGGCCUGCGCCGCGUGCGCCGCGCCGCUCGCGGUCGCGCGCGCCGUCGGCUGCGGCGGCUGCCGCGGCGUCGCGUACUGCGACGACCGCUGCCAGCGGAGCCACUGGAGCUCGCACCGCCGCGACUGCGGUCGCUUCGCGGAGCUCAACGCGGCGGAAACCGCCGCGCCCGCCGCGCCGCGGCGGUCGCCGCGGAAGAAGAAGGCCGCCGCCGCCGCCGCGUCGGGCCCCGCGCACGCGACCUUCGGCGCCGCCGCGGCGGCCCCGCCGCCGCCGAGGCCCGACGCGGCGGCCGAGGCCGCGGCGGCCGCAAAGCUCCGCGGGUCCGCGGCGACGGCGUCGUCGACGGGCCUCGCGAACCUGGGCAACACGUGCUACUUCAACGCGUCGUUGCAGUGCCUGUCGCGCGCGGCGCCCCUGAGCCGCCACUUCCUCAGCGACGGCUUCGCGGCGGACGUCAACGAGGCCAACCCCAUGGGCUGCGGCGGCCGCGUCGCGCGCGAGUACGCCGCGGCGCUCAAGGUCGCGUUCCACCGCGGCGACCGCGUGCACAGCCCGCACGCGCUCCUGCGGUCCAUCGUGCGCCACAACGCCGACUUCGAGGGCCGGCGCCAGCACGACGCCCACGAGCUCCUGACGACGCUCCUCGACGGGCUCCACGAGGAUUUGAAUAGGGUCCGGGGGAAGAAGCCCUACUUCGAGACGCCCGAGUCGACGGGGCCGCGCGACGACGCGAGGGUCGCGGCGGCGACGUGGGCCCAGCACCGGCGGCGCAACGACUCCGUGGUCGUCGACGCGCUCCACGGGCUGCUGCGGUCGACGCUCGAGUGCCCCGUCUGCGGGUCCGUGUCGACGCACUUCGACCCGUUCUCGACGCUGGAAUUGGAGCUCGCGGACGCGCCGGGCCACCGGAGCGUCGACGAGGACGACGACGUCGACGACGAGUUGUGCGCCGACGACUCGGACGACGGCGUCGACGUCGCCGACGGCUUCGUCUCCCUCGCCGAGGACGGCCGCGGCGCGGUGGGCGCGCCGGGCGCGCGGCUGCCCGGGGACCCGGCGGACCGCGCGGCGCUCGUCCGGGGCGCCGCGGCGGCCGCGCUGGGCUGCCCGGCGGACCGCGUCGAAGUCGUGGCCGUCCACGCCUUAGGCGAGCGCGACGUCGACUCCGACGACGACCUCGGCUUCUGCUGCGAGCGGCCCUUCGCCGCGGGGCCGCCGAAGCGCGGGAGCCGCUUCUCCCGACCGGUCGCGAUCCGCGACGGCGACGCGGUGCCCCUGGGCGGCGCCUGGCGCGUCGCCGCCUACGCGCGGCCGCCGCCGGAGCACCGCGCCUGCGUCCUCGUCGCCGAGGGCGACGCGGGCGCGCCGCCGUCCGUCGUCUACUACCGGCCCGAGUGGCCCGCGGCGCGGCUCCUCGCGGCCGUCGCGCGCGCCGCGCGCCGCGCCGCGCGCCGCGACUUCGUCCUCCUCGACGACGCGCCGGCGCUCCUCCGGCUCCACGUCGCCGCGCGGCCGCCGCCGGCACCGGCCGACGGCGCCGCGGCCGACGACGACGACGACGGCGCGUCGAGCUCGUCGUCGUGGUGCGCCGCGGAGUCGCGCGCCGCGCGGCGCCGCGCGAGGCGACACGAGGCGCGCGGCGCCGCGCCGGACGACGGCGACGGCACGGCCGGCGGCCUGCUCCGCGGCGCGGACAUCGCCGUCGUCUCCGUCGACUGGCCGCGGACGCUCGGCGCCGCGGCCGCCGCGGUCGCGCGCGCGGGCGACGCGCCGAAAACGCGGUCCCGCGACGACGUCGCGCGCGCCGUCGCCUACGCCCGGGCCGCGCGCGCGGCUUCGGCCGCGCUCCGCGCGGACCCGGACCCCGCCGCGGCCGCGCGGCGCCGCGCGCGGCGCGCCGUGCGGUGGCGGUCGCGGCGCGCGCUCGCGCGCGCGGCGCGCCACCGGCGCCGCCGGGAGGCCGUUGAGCCUCGAGGGCUGCCUCCGGCGGUUCACGGCGCCGGAGCGUUGGACGCGGACAACCCGUGGCGCUGCGGGUCCUGCGCGGCGCCGCGGCGCGCCGUGAAGCGCAUCGCCCUCUGGCGCGCGCCCGAGAUCCUCGUCUGCUGCCUCAAGCGCUUCGGCGGCCGGGGGAAGCUCGACGGCGACGUCGACUUCCCCCUCGACGGCCUCGACCUCGCGCCCUACGUCGCCCACGGCGGGCCCGGCCUCGUGACGAACCACUUCGGCGCGUCCUUCGGCGGCCACUACACGGCCUUCGCUCGCGACGACGACGGCGGCUGGCUGAAGUGCGACGACUCGGCCGUGUCGCCCGUGCCCGCGGCCGUCGUCAAGUCGAGGGCGGCCUACGUCUUGUUUUACAAGCGGCGCGCGACCUCCUCGCAGGGCAUCGGCCUCGACGCGGCGAAGCGUCUGCUCGCCGAGGGCCACACGAUCUACCACGGCUGCCGGAGCGCGGCGCGCGCGGACGCGGCCGUCGCCGGCGCCGGCGGCGGCGUGCCGCUGGUCUGCGACCUCGCGGACCUCGCGAGCGUCCGCGCGUUCGCGGCGGCGCUCCCCGACGACGUCGACGUGCUCUGCCUCAACGCGGGCGUCGCGCCGUCGACCAAGGCCGCCGCGCCGGCGCGCACGGCCGACGGCUUCGAGGCGUGCGUCGGCACGAACCAUCUCGGCCACUUUGCGCUCGCGGAGCUCGUCGCGCCGCGGCUCGCGGCGCGGCGCGGGCGGAUCGUCGUCACGGCGUCGAGCGUGCACGACCCGGCGCAGCCCGGCGGCGCCGUCGGCGGCGCGGGCGGCGCGACGCUCGGCGACCUGAGCGGCCUCGCGAAGCUCGAGGACGGCGGGCCGACGAUGGUCGACGGCGCGGCCGCCUACGACGGCGGCAAGGUCUACAAGGACUCGAAGCUCUGCAACGUGCUCUUCGCGCGGGAGGCGCUGGCGCGGUACCCGGGCGUCGACGUGCGCUCCUUCAAUCCCGGCUUCAUCCCGUCGUCGGGCCUCUUCCGCGCGCCGCGCGAGGACAACUGGCUCGGCGCGACGGCGUUCACGCUCGUCGCGGGGCUGGUCGGCUUCGCGGUGCCCGUGGCCGUGGGCGGCGCGCGCCUCGCCUACGUGGCGACGGCCGACGGCCUCGCGCGAGGCGCGUACCUGUCCGCGGAGACGGGCUCGCGCGCGGUGACGUUCGCGGACGGCUUCGACGACGGCCUCAUCUCGCCGGAGGGCGCGGACGCGGACCUGGCGGCGCGGCUGUGGGAGCGGUCGCGGGAGCUCGUCGCCUAA